GUUAUGGCUCAUAUGUUCCCAUUUGAAACGACAGGCUGUGGUCUAUCUUGGUUUAGUUAUAAAUAUAUUUGGUGCCAGUGCUGCUCGGCUCAGUUGGAGGUUUCAACAUGUUGAAAAUAAGAAGAACGUGACUUGUAAAAAACGGUGCAUGAUGUCCUGGUUCUUCCAUGUCAAUCAAGGCUCAAACCAGCAGCCCCCUGGCAUGAUGCCCCCAGCUGCUGGCACCCUGUCCAGCAACACACACUAUCCCAACAUCAGUAGCAACACACUGGAUACAGCUAACACUGCUGGACAGGGUUGGCUCUGCGCACAGUCCAGUUCGUCUUCACCCAGCCAGGCAGACUUUCCGUCAGUACCACAGGGUUUAGUGCCUCCCAGCUUGGAGAACCUAUCUUGUACCUCUCUGAACUCAGCGGCAGGCAGAGAGCCCCUGCCACUCUCCUAUGUAACUCUUCAGGAGCAGCGUUGUGUAUUGAGCUGGUUCCUGAGCUGGGGCACUGCCCAGAGGGAACGGUUUCUGCAGGACCUGUUGGGGAAAGCUGUGCCAGGGAAAGUGUGUACCCUCCUCGAGUCGCUCAAUACGCUACAGGUUAAGGACAGCCCACCAAAUAUCUUUGAGUGCCAACUGCGCCUCUGGACCCAAUGGUUUGAGUCAUGGAGUGAGGAGGAGAGGAACAGUUUCCUGCACAUUCUAGAAGAGAGGGACCCGAUCUUUGUUGCCCACUUCUACAGAGGUGUAGCUGGGACAGCAGGCAGGGAUUGAGGGAUACGGGAGAAGAGGGUGUAGAAUGGAUAGACAAUGCGUGGGUGGUAGACAGAUAGAAACAAGUCAAGUUGGAGUGGUACAUGGGGAAGCAUAUGUGUGGAGACAGUGAAGAACGGGGGGGUGGUUAAGAGCGUUGGGCCGGUAACUGAAAGGUCGCUGGUUCGAAUCCCCGAGCCAACUAGGUGAAAAUUUUUGAUGUGCCCCUAGGUGAAAAAUGUCGAUGUGCCCUUGAGCUAGGCACUUAACCCUAAUUGCUCCUGUAAGUCGCUCUGGAUAAGAGCGUCUGCUAAAUGACUAAAAUAUAAAUGUAAAAUCAUUUUUUCUGGCUAGGGCUGAGAUGAAUCUAGUAAAGUAUGAGAAAGCCCUUAUAGUAUUGAUACAUAUUCUGUUGAUGACAUACUUGUGGGUAGUACAGGAGAAGACAUGGACUGAAUAAGGUGAACAUAUUCAUUUAAUUCUCAAUUACCAAACUAAUGGAUAGAUGUAAUAUCCUUAUUGAUCAACCCUUUGCUCUUCUCUCAGUGCAGUUACACCACAGCUGUGUUCAGGUAAAAUGGAGUGAGUGUAGACUAGAGGUAGAUAAAUAAGUGUGAGAGACCAGGGCCAAUUCUGUUACCAGUGGGAAUGCUUAUACUUCUGUAAUGAUCUUGAGCAGUUUUCUACAAUGCCAGAAAUAAAAUGCUAUUUCAUAGA